AUGUUUCUGAGACGGAAGCCACCUCAAUUGCCGUUAGUGGAGGAGCUUCAACUGACGUACAAUGAUUGUUGUAAUUUAACUAUUAGAAACUUAACGUUGGAAGAGCAUAAUAAGGUUGAGGAUGCAUUAAAAGGAUGGAAGUCAUUACAUACGUCUUUAUUAUUUAAAAUAGAAGCAUUUGAUAAACAAGUGACCAGACCCGACAGUGAAGAGAGCACACUCUUGGAAGAGUUGAAACGAAUUAGGGACGAGAAUGUUAAGCAUCUCAUAAGGUCGCAAUUAAGAAUGGACGAAAUCACAAGGAAACAGAAUACCAGUAGUAGUAGUAAGCCUGCAAUAAAGGUGACACAGAGCUCGCAAGGGUCAUCGAUGACCGUGCCAUCUUUAAGGGGUGGUCUGGCAUCACGAUCGUUGACCAAUACGAAUGCAUCUAACCAGCGAAGAAUGUUGAAGUCUUUGAGACCAGGUGUCCCCCAACAAAAGUCGUUGAAUAGUAAGGGAGCGACGCAGGCGUCAAAAGCAGCAACUGUUUCAUGGCAAAAGCCCUCGAAUACUAAAGUUCCCACCAUAAAGCCUGUCAAGGAUGAUAUGUUUGAGGAUUUUGAUCAGGACUCGUUUGAAUUUUUUGAUUCCAACUGGGAGAGAAUCGACUCUCCUCCAAACUUGAUAGAUUUAGAUGCCCCAUUAAACAAUGAUAAUAGCGACUCUAAUGACUACUUUGGUCAGGGUUUGUCUAGUAAUGGAAAAAAGACAAAUGGCGUGCAUGAUGCCAGUUCCUCUAUGGAAAACUUAACGAUUAAUAACGAUUUUCCUAAGCCCAGAAUAAGUAAACCAUCUGGAGGACAAAAUUUAAAACUACAACCAAAAUUGUCGGACUAUGCGUCAAAAAGCACUUCUGAUAUUGGUGCGGUACAAAAUGAUGGAGAGAAUAAAGGUGUAUACGUGUACAACAAGCCAAAGCCAUUGAACAUUAAUAGAUUAAUGAAAGGUCAACAACUGAAAUCACAAGCUUCGAGAAGUCCUGUUAGACAGGCUCCCGCACCAAAACCAAAACCAAAACCACAACCACAACCACAGGCAAAACAACAACCAGUUUAUAAAGCCAAACCAGUUGCGAAAGCCCCACAAUCCCUGAUGCAACCCCCAAAAAAGUCAAAUAUUUCUUACAACUAUAUACCCGGAAAUCAGUCUACGAACAAACCCAGACAAAACCCAAAAAAGACGAUUGCAACCACAGCAGCCUCUGCUUCACAAGCAAAGACAAGAACAGCCGAACCCAAAAAGAUUGGGAAAGAUGAUGAAGUACCGAUGUCCCCAACAAUGGAUGACAUUCUAGGAGGAUACGAUGAUAACAAACCAUUAGAUGAAGAGAUGGAAAAAGCCUUGAAAGAUUCUUUGGACGAAACCGAUGACCCUAAUAGGCCUUUGAACGAGGAUGAACAGGCGGCUCUUAUUGCAUCUAUCAGAGGUAUAGAUCCAUUAGCAGCAACGCAAAUCUUGAACGAUAUAGUUGUACAUGGUGACGAGGUUUAUUGGGACGAUAUCGUUGGUUUGGAAAGUGCUAAGAACUCGUUGAAGGAAGCAGUCGUUUAUCCGUUUUUAAGACCCGAUCUUUUCAAGGGAUUGAGAGAACCAACAAGGGGUAUGCUUUUAUUCGGCCCACCUGGUACUGGUAAGACUAUGUUGGCUCGUGCUGUAGCAACAGAAUCCAAAUCGACGUUUUUCUCUAUCAGUUCCUCUUCUCUUACUUCCAAGUACUUGGGAGAAUCAGAAAAAUUGGUCAAAGCAUUGUUCUUGAUCGCACGAAAGCUCGCUCCGUCUAUUGUUUUCGUUGACGAAAUAGACUCGCUUUUGAGUUCUAGGUCAGAUGGAGACGCUGAGAGUUCUAGAAGAAUUAAAAAUGAGUUUUUAAUUCAAUGGUCUGAACUCAGUAGUGCCGCCGCAGGUAGAGAUAAAGACGAUGGAGACGAUGUUUCCAGGGUAUUGAUCUUGGGUGCCACAAACUUGCCAUGGUCCAUCGAUGAGGCUGCGCGUAGAAGAUUUGUUAGAAGACAGUAUAUUCCUUUACCCGAAGAUGAAACUCGUAAAUCGCAGAUCAUCAAAUUAUUAGCCCACCAGAAGAAUACACUUCUGGAAGACGACUACAAUGAAUUAAUUGCAUUGACUAAGGGCUUCAGUGGAUCAGAUAUUACUGCAUUGGCCAAGGACUCAGCAAUGGGUCCAUUGCGGUCGUUGGGAGACAAAUUGCUCGAUACUCCAACCGAGAAUAUCCGUCCCAUCAAUCUAGAUGACUUCAAAAAUAGUUUGAAGUAUAUCCGCCCAAGUGUUCUGAGUGAAGGUUUGGUUGAAUACGAAAAUUGGGCAAUUAAAUUUGGAUCAUCGGGUGUAUAG